AUGCAGUCAGUUGUUGGUGUUACGAUGCAAAAAGCUGGAGAAGCGGUAGCUUCAGCUAUGUCGUCUAACAAGAAGGUUGCAGAUAUGCAGCCAGAAAUCAGAGAACCCAGUAAAAACGAGUGUCUUACCAGUGACUUUGGUGUUAAAUCUGGUAAUCAUGAUAAAUGGCUAUCUGCUUCGGAUGGUGAUCGCCAAGGUCCGUUAUUGCUAGAGGAUAACUUUGGAAGGGAGAAGAUUAUGAAGUUCGAUCAUGAACGCAUACCAGAACGAGUUGUCCAUGCACGUGGUGCUGGAGCUUUUGGUAACUUCAAACUUUACGAGAGUGCUAAUGAUGUUACAAGUGCCGGGGUUCUUACAGAUACCUCUCGCACGACCCCAGUUUUCGUCCGCUUUUCGACAGUAUUAGGUUCUCGUGGAAGUGCUGAUACAGUCAGAGAUGUGCGAGGUUUUGCUGUCAAAUUUUAUACUGACGAGGGUAAUUGGGAUAUUGUUGGAAACGACAUUCCGGUUUUCUUCAUUCAAGAUGCUUUUAAAUUUCCCGAUAUCAUUCAUGCCGGAAAGCCGGAACCUGAUAAUGAAAUCCCUCAAGCCCAAUCGGCACAUAAUAACUUUUGGGAUUUCCAAUUCUUACACACCGAAGCUACUCACAUGUUUAUGUGGGCCAUGUCAGAUCGAGGAAUUCCAAGGUCUUAUAGGAUGAUGCAAGGGUUCGGCGUCAAUACAUAUACUUUAAUAAAUGCCGAAGGCAAACGAUCAUUCGUAAAAUUCCACUUCACCCCAACUCUAGGGGUUCAUUCUCUAGUUUGGGAUGAGGCAUUAAAGAUCGCUGGUCAAGAUCCGGAUUUUCACCGCAAAGACCUCUGGACAGCUAUUGAAAGUGGAUCAUACCCCAAAUGGAAGUUCGGAAUUCAAGUUUGCGAGGAAAGUCGUCAAGAUGAAUUUGACUUUGACAUCUUGGACGCGACUAAAGUUUGGCCUGAAGAUAUUAUCCCCGUCAGAUACAUUGGAGAACUGGAGCUCAACAAGAAUGUUGAUGAGUUUUUCUCACAAACAGAGCAAGCUGCUUUUUGCACCGCACAUCUUGUGCCUGGCAUUGGCUUUUCAGAUGAUCCUCUUCUUCAAGGCCGUAACUUCUCUUACUUUGAUACCCAACUUUCACGCUUAGGUGUAAAUUGGCAAGAGCUCCCUAUAAACCGACCAGUAUGCCCUGUUAUGAACAACCACCGAGACGGUCAAAUGCGACACCGAAUCACCAAAGGCAAGAUUAAUUACUGGCCGAAUCGAGAUACUGUCAUUCCCCCAGCAAAGCAAUCAGAGGGCGCCUACUACGAAUACCCUCAGAAGAUUGCAGCCAUGAAACAACGUCUCAGCUCCUCAAAAUUCAAGGAACACUACAACCAAGCUCAAUUAUUCUGGAACUCAGUUUCUGAGGUUGAAAAGUCUCACAUUAUCAAUGCUCUAAGCUUCGAGCUUGAUCACUGCGAUGAUCCUGUCGUAUAUGAACGUAUGGUUGAACGACUAACAGAUAUUGAUCUCUACCUAGCACAAGCCGUAGCUGAGAAAGCUGGUGCCCCUACCCCUACUAAAGCGGGACGUCCCAAUCACGGUAAAAAGACAAAAGGCCUUUCACAAUUUGAUUUUACUCCCGAAGCUCUAGGCUUACCAGCUACGAUUAAAUCUCGUAUGGUUGCAAUUAUUAUUGCCGAUGGCUUCAAUUUCCUCGAAUACGAAGCCGUAAAGGGAGCACUGACCGCAGCCGGCGCUCUUCCAUUUACCAUCGGUCCCAAGAGACAACCAAUCAACAGUUCUAGCGUCAAGAGCGUAAGUGCAGAUCAUCACUUCGAAGGUAUGAGAAGUACAUUGUUCGACGCUAUCUACAUUCCUGGCGGCGAACACGUUUCUACUUUACUCAAACAAGGACGAGUAAUCCACUGGAUCCGCGAAGCGUUCGGUCAUUGUAAGGCUAUUGGAGCCACAGGUGAAGGUGUAAAACUCGUACGAGCCGCAUGUGAAGUUGAAGGUAUGACAUUUAGUACUUCUGGCGAAGUGGUGGAUUCGCAUGGUGUUGUGACGGCCGAGGGUGUGGGUAAAUCCGAGGAGGGAUUGAAUAUGGUGAAGGGUGCUAAGAAUUUCUUGGACGCGUUUACGUAUAAUAUUUCGCAGCACAGGAAUUUCCAAAGGGAGAUGGAUGGAUUAACUAGUAUGGUUGCUUAUUAG